GCAUAGAAACUCGAAAAAAGCGUUGUUGCUCAUUUUUGGCUUAGUGGGGAAAUCAGUUUCGAAAUAAAGGACGCUAAUCCUGGCGAGCAACGGCCAGCUGGGAGCCGCCACCAUGCUCAAGUCCCUCAAGCCGGACACAUACGCCGGCAUGGCGAACGCCAAGUGCGGCGAGAUCUACUUCCAGAGCCUGCACAGCUUCCGCAUCGACUGCGCCUUCUGUGAGAUGAAGAGCUUUGUCUUCGGCGACUUCCUGCUCCACGUCCAGAACGUGCACUUUGAGAACGGCCUGCUCAAGACGGAGGCGGAGGCCGAACUGAAGCAGGAGCGCGACCAGGCCUCGCCGGUGCCGAUAGUGGCGCAGGUGAAUCCCUUUGCCUGGUACGAGAUUGGCGGCCAACGUGAUGACGACGAUGACAGCGAGGACGACGAGGCGGCGCUGCCGGCGGGAUUGGACGAGGAGGACGAGCGGCCGGGCAGGGCCAUCAUGAAGUGGGACAACUCUGGCCAUCUGGCUGGUAGUGAGUCCAUGCGACAGGUGAGGGCCCUGAAGGUGGACUACAAGGAGGAGGAUUCCGAGUGCGGCCUGGAGCUGGACCACGACCGCGAUGUGGAUCCGGCGGACUCGCUGGGAAGCGAGAUCCAGUCCCACUCCCGCCACGCCUGUCCGCACUGCUCGAAGAGCUACCAGAGCCGCAAGACCCUGGAGCGGCACCUGCUGCGCCAGCACAAGGACGCCACCGCUGCCAUAGAUGAUGCGGAUAGCGAGGAUGCCGACUACGAGCCGCCCAAGGAGAAGACUGGAGCUGGGAGCGGGCCGCAGGAGCACAAGUGCGAGCACUGCGACAAGAUCUAUCACGGCAAGUACAGCCUGCGGCAGCACCUGAAGCGGGAGCACAGCAACGACAACAACGACGGCGAGGGUGGCACCAGCACAUUCACCUGCCUAGAAUGCGAGGCGGAGCUGCCGCGCCUGCGUCUUCUGGACGAGCACAUGGUACAAGCGCACGGCGGUGCCGCGUGCGUGGUAUGCGGCCGCCGCUACAAGACGCGCCACGAGCUGAAACGUCACCAGCUGAAGCAUACCAGCGAACGCAACGUGCCCUGCACGCAUCCUGGCUGCGGCAAGCGGUUCUUCACCGUCCGCCACAUGCGGAACCACGGCAAGGUGCAUACCGAGCAAAAGAACUUCGUGUGCGAGAGCUGUGGCUAUAGUUGCCGUAACAAGGAGACGCUGCGCGUUCACAUCCGUAGUCACACCGGUGAGCGGCCCUUUGGAUGUCAGGUUUGCGACAAGCGCUUUCCCUCCCAUUCCGGCCUCAGGGAGCACAUGGCCAUGCAUUCCACGGAGCGGCCGCAUGUGUGCGGCGUCUGCGGUGCCACCUUUUCGCGACAGAAGGGGCUCUAUCACCACAAGUUCCUCCAUGCGGACACCAAGCAGUUUGUGUGCAAGCUCUGCGGAAAUGCAUACGCCCAGGCAGCUGGACUCGCCGGACACAUGCGAAAGCAUCGCAACGACGAGCUCCAUGGAUAGGGAAUGAGAACGUGGAUAGUGUAUGCUAGUUAGAGAAGCGGUAGUAGGGACAUAGUCUAAGCCGUACGUGGUACGUUUUGUAUCUUCCAAUUCCUUUCGACUUUAGGCUUAAGAACUCAGGCAUAGGCUAUAGAAGACACCGUCUCAAAAGGGUGUAUAAUCAAUGAUUUCUUAUUUUAUAUAUAGAUUUCUUGUUUGUAACAAUCCGGAAAGGAGAGAGGGGAGACGGGUUACAUAUUCAUUUCACUAAAACUUGUAACCGAUUCGAGAGUUUGUUAAGGGAUCAAAGUGAGAGAUCGGGCUUCCAAAUCGAGUUGGUUCUUCCUUGGGUCUCUUUUUUUCCGGCAAAUAUUCGAGUUUAUGUUUGUUUUAUUGUAUAUAUUAACAAGUUAACUCUGUAACCCUGUGGGAUUUAAUUGUAAUCACGACAAGCGGAUGUGGCUAACAAUUCGGAUGGUUAAUUGCGGUUAACCCUUUUUUUUUUUUUUGUAUUCAUCGAAAAUAUAUAACAGAAUCUAAUUCACAAA